GAAAGAAGAGGGUAGCUACAUCAAGCUGGGUGGCAGGCAGAUCCAAAGGGAUAUCAUGAAGUUUCCAGGACCUUUGGAAAACCAGAGAUUGUCUUUCCUAUUGGAAAGGGCAAUCUCCAGGGAAGCCCAGAUGUGGAAGGUCAAUGUGCCGAAAAUGCCUACAAAUCAGAAUGUUUCUCCAUCCCAGAGAGAUGAAGUAAUUCAGUGGUUGGCCAAACUCAAAUACCAGUUCAACCUUUACCCAGAAACAUUUGCUCUGGCAAGCAGUCUUUUGGACAGGUUUUUAGCUACGGUCAAAGCCCAUCCAAAAUAUUUGAAUUGUAUUGCAAUCAGCUGUUUUUUUCUAGCUGCUAAAACUGUUGAAGAAGAUGAGAAAAUUCCAGUACUAAAGGUAUUGGCAAGAGACAGUUUCUGUGGCUGUUCCACAUCUGAGAUUUUGAGAAUGGAGAGAAUUAUUCUGGAUAAGUUGAACUGGGAUCUUCACACAGCCACACCAUUGGAUUUUCUUCAUAUUUUCCACGCCAUUGCGGUGUCCACUAGGCCUCAGUUACUCUUCAGUUUGCCCAAAUUGAGUCCGUCUCAACAUUUGGCAGUCUUGACCAAGCAACUACUUCACUGUAUGGCCUGCAACCAACUUCUGCAGUUCAAAGGAUCCAUGCUUGCUCUGGCCAUGGUUAGUUUGGAAAUGGAGAAACUCAUUCCCGAUUGGCUUCCUCUUACAAUUGAACUGCUUCAGAAAGCACAGAUGGACAGCUCCCAGUUGAUCCACUGUCGGGAGCUGGCGGCACAUCACCUCUCUGCUCUGCAGUCUUCCCUGCCUCUAAAUUCCGUUUAUGUCUACCGUCCCCUCAAGCACACCCUGGUGACCUGCGACAGAGGAGCGUUCAGAUUACAUCCCUCCUCUGUCGCAGGCCCAGAUUUCUCCAAGGACAACAGCAAGCCAGAAGUGCCAGUCAGAGGUACCGCAGCCUUCUGCCAUCACCUCCCAGCUGCAGGUGGGUGCAAGCAGGCCUCUGCUAAACGCAAGGUGGAGGAGAUGGAAGUGGAUGACUUCUACGAUGGGAUCAAGCGGCUCUACAAUGAAGACACUGCGGCAGAGAACGGGGGCUCUGUGUGUGGCCCUGACUUAGCCAGGCAAGAGGGGCCUGCUUCUCCCUGUCCCCCUUUGCAGCCUGUGUCAGUCAUGUAGUUCCCUUCCAGUGCACACAGGCUGACUACCCAGAAGUGCGGCUGGAGACCCAGGAAAGGCUGCAGAGAAGGGCGUGUGCUUUAUCAGACUGAAGUGAGCCAGGGCAAAAGAAAAACACCCCUGUUCCUUUGUGCGGCUACUACAAUUCAACACCCUUUAAUAUAAAGGCAUAUAUUUAUAGACUCAAGAUCCAAAAUAGAUUGAAAAGUAAAGAAAACGUUCUUUGUACUAUGACAGUUCCACUUUUUUCUUUGUUAAAAUAAUAGUUUGUCCCAGGUCCAAAAAAAUAAAAUAAAAAUCCAUGUAAGGGGAAAAAGUUGCAAAAUUUAUAGCUAGAGACCUUGUUCCCAGUGUCCUCAUUUUUCUCUCACCUUUUCUUGCCUCUCUGUUGGAUUCUGAAUAAGUUUUGUGCUUGUUGAUGUAUGUGUUCUGACUUCCACUGAAUAGGUAGCCCCCAACUUUUUUUUUUUUUUUUACAGCAAAUUAGUUUUGUGUGGCAGCCAUGUUUAAUCCAUGGCUCAAGUUCCUUAGUUUGAAAAGGGCACUCUGAAGCUAUCCCCAUGAAUCAGUGGUAAUGAAAAAGUUCUCUUUGUGUGUCUCAUUCCAGUUUUUAGUUUAAAAACAAAAUUACUGUCCUUUUGUUUACCUUAAAGCUUAAAAAUGGCAUGUAAUUAUUACAUUUUGAGCAUUUUUGACAUUUGUAUAAAGAAUUUCUUAUAAAGUUAAUAUAUCCCGGGUGCUCACCAAAGAAACAUGUAACAUAUACUUAGAUUUUUGUAAAUGAUCUGUUUUCAUUCAUUUAAAAUCACUAGGAGCAACUGUCUAGAUAUUGGGGCAGCCCUGAUUGGAGUCUAUAACUUAUAAUUGAAUUCAGUACCCUAGUUUUAUAUUAAGCUAUUAGGAUUUUCUUGGUAACAAGUUAUUCCCCUUGUUUUUCUGACUUCUGGACCCUGAGCUCCCUUUGCAGUCUGAAGAAGGCACACUGCAGUCAGAACCAUGUACUGGUGAUAAAGCCUCUGGUAGCAAUAAAAUGUUGUCCUUAA